AUGGAUCCAAAUGUCAAACUUCUUCCAAGACAGGGGGAUCUCCUAUUCAAUUCAAGUAAGUAUCGGAGAAUAGUUGGCAAGCUAUUGUACUUAACUAUCACUCGACCAGACACCUCCUUUGCUGUAAGUGUAGUUAGCCAAUUUUUGCAAGAGCCAUGUCAAAGUCAUUGGGAUGCAGCCGUCAGAAUAUUGAGAUAUGUGAAAAGGCCUCCAGGUACAGGGUUGCUCUAUAAAGAUCAUGGACAUACAGAAAUUGUUGGCUAUACAGAUGUAGAUUGGGCUGGAUGUCCUUGGGAUAGGAGAUCAACAUCAGGAUAUUGUAUUCUAUUUGGAGGUAAUCUUGUCUCUUGGAAAAGUAAGAAACAAGAUGUGGUUGCACGCUCAAGCGCAGAAGCUGAAUACUAA